GGGAUCAAACCUAAAUUUGUGACGACACAGUCGGCGAACCACAGACGCUAGUUUAUAAGAGAGAGCCGGUCUAAAUGGCCAAGGUCUUUUAAUAAAAUGGAGCCCGGCAUUGAACAUGCCUCAGCCCAGGGUCAAGCUGGUGGUGACUGGAGAUGAUUUUGGCUAUUGCGCUCGGAGGAACCGGGGCAUCGCGGAGGGUUUCCUGGCAGGUGGCAUCUCCAACACGUCCUUGCUGGUCAACGGAGCUUCUGCGGAGCAUGCGGCUCAGCUUGCCAAGAGACAUUGCAUUCCCAUUGGUCUUCAUGCAAACCUGUCUGAAGGUGCUCCAGUGUGUCAAGAGCUGAGGAGAUCCACACUUCUUAAUAAAGAUGGCUUCUUUCAUGGCAAGAUGGGCUUCCGUGAAGUUCUCCGGAGUGGAAAAAUGAGCAUGACAGAUGUGGAGGUGGAGCUAAGGGCCCAAGUAAAGCAUUUUUGUGAGCUUACUGGUCACCUACCCAGUCACAUGGAUGGCCAUCAGCAUGUGCAUGUGCUUCCAGAGGUGCGAGAAGUGUUUGCACGUGUUCUGGCUGAUUUUGGCAUCCCUUACACACGGGUUCCAGUGGAGCCUGGGCUGCACUCCUGUCUUUUCCUACCUCCAAACCUCAGAGAAUUCUACCUGCAGGUUGAGAAAGAUGCACUCCAGACUGUGGAAGUGUUCCAUCGCCAUGGUAUCAGAUGGCCAGAUGUGUACUUGGGCCUCAGCACGAUGGGGCAAAACAUGUCCUUCUCUAACCUCAAAAGAGCCCUGAACUUUGCUCUAGAAGCGCAGACCUCUAUAGCCGCCCAAGCUGAUGGCCUUUGUGCACCUGAAUCAUAUCGCUCCAUCACAGCAGAGCUGAUGGUGCACCCUGGUUACCCCAGUUUUCCUUUGCACGGUGGGUGUGGUGAAGGACCCGAUGACUUCUCUCAGUCUUCUGAUCGUCUGCAUGAGCUGAACACACUCAGAGACCCGGUGCUGCUUAGUUACUAUCAGCAGCAGGGAAUCCUGCUCUGUGCUUUUAAUGACUUGUAAACAUUAAGGGACACUUAAUCAGGUCCUCCGGUGCUGCAUGUCUCAACGGGAUUUCUAACAGGUGACACCUGACUUCACUAAUGAUCUUUUUCUUCCAGUCCUCAUAGGAUAAAUUAAUUAGCCAGUCAGGCGUCAAGCAGCUGUUGGAUUUUUAUUUUUAUUCAGAUCGCUUUAAAAUGGAUCCAGGAUCGACAGGAAAUGUACUCUUUACACUGUGACAGUGGUCUGGGGCCAUGCUUUUGUUACAUUUAUUAUAGUGAUUUAGACAUUUGUUUUAUUUGAAGAACGAGUGCAAAACUGGGCUGAUUUGUUUUGAGAUAACUAGAACAUAUUUUACAUUGUUUUAUCCAAAAGCAUAUGUUUCCAAAUGUCUGAACAGUGCAAUAAUGUUGCAUAUGAAGUUUUUAAGCAUGUGUCAGUGAUUAUAUCUUUUAAAAUUAAUUAUAUAUAUAUAUAU